ACUGUCGGACGAAAACCGGAAUUCCGUCGUGACAAGGUUUUAAUUUUAGUCUGGGUCAUGUGAUUAAUUCUCACAUGACAAAAGAAAAACAAAAGAAGAAAGUUCAGUGUGAAACAGUGUGCUACAGAUAACAGGUGAGAAAAGUUCAGGUUUUCUAAGAAUCCGUAGAAGAUGAACAGUUUGUGGUUUGUGUGUUUGCUGGCUGUGGUGCGAGGGGCCUCUGUGCAGUACGGGAACGUCCAAUGGUUUGACAUCCAGGAGGCUCAGAAACACCCGGAACAGCUACACAUCCUUCGAACAAAGGCAGGGAUCAACUACCAACCAUACGAACAGGCCUGGAAGGAAUUCAAAAUCCUGCAUGGUAAAACCUACAAAGCUCUAGAAGAGGAGAUCCAUCGCUUUGAGAUUUUCAGAGAAAAUGUCCAGAAAAUUGAGGAACACAACCGAUUAUACCAUCUGGGGAAGAAAUCUUACUUUAUGGGGGUCAACCAAUUUUCAGACCUGAAACAUGAAGAGUUUGUGAAAUACAAUGGUUUAAAUAGAACUUCAUUGAAGGAGGGUGGAUGCUCCUCGUACCUUUCAGCCAAUAAUCUCGUGGCUCCGGAUUCCGUCGACUGGAGAACUAAGGGUUAUGUUACAGAUGUUAAAAAUCAGGGUCAGUGCGGUUCCUGCUGGUCUUUUAGCACAACUGGUUCCCUUGAAGGACAGCACUUCCGUAAAACUGGUAAACUGGUGUCCCUCAGUGAACAACAACUGGUAGACUGCUCGGGCUCCUUUGGAAAUCAAGGGUGUAAUGGAGGACUGAUGGACAAUGCAUUCAAGUAUAUCAAGUCAGUAGGGGGGCUUGAAAGUGAAGAGGAUUAUCCAUACAAAGCAGAGGAAAAGAAAUGUAAAUUUGAUGAAGAAAAGGUUGCUGCUACAGACACUGGGUGUGUGGAUGUCGAGAGUGAAAGUGAGUCUGCCCUGAAGAAAGCUGUAGCAGAGGUUGGCCCAGUCUCAGUAGCAAUAGAUGCCAGUCAUUCAUCAUUCCAGUCUUAUGCAGGAGGAGUGUAUGACGAGCCAGAAUGUAGCUCAGAACAGUUGGAUCAUGGAGUGUUAGCUGUAGGAUAUGGAACUGAUGAUGAGGGAAAAGAUUUCUGGAUUGUUAAAAACAGUUGGGGUACCGAGUGGGGUAUGGAUGGCUAUGUCAAAAUGUCACGAAACAAGGACAACCAGUGUGGAAUAGCUACACAGGCCAGCUAUCCCCUUGUAUAGAAUAUAUACAUUAUAAAGAAACAUCAUUCCCAAGGAAGAAAAACCACUCAAGAUAAAUCAAAACCCAGAAGAUGAUACAUUUCUGUAAAUUUUGAAUAAGAAAACUUCAGAAAUUUUUGAAUAAGUGAACUGUUACUCAUGUAAUAUAUCUUAAACUUUCACGCAGUUUGACAUAACGUUUUCUUUGUGAACCUUAGAAGAGAUAAAACAUAUCUUACUUAACUAUGUUUGAUGUAAAUUGAAAUUUUCAAUGUGUUUUCAAAAUAUGUGUCAUUGUAAAUGACAGACUGAAGUUGUGACAACACAUCAUUUCGUCUUGAAUGUAAGCAUUUAUGUGAGGUGUGUGAAUUUGUCUGGUGUGGAAAUAAGCUGAAGUUUUUCUUACAUAUAAUACCUGUAAUAUUUGUAUGAACCUGUGAUAAAUUUGUUCAUGAUAGAUUUUUACAUCUGAAUGCUGAACUUUUGGCUUACUGAGGACAGAAUUAUAUAUAUUUACUUAUAGAUAUUGUUAAUUUUGUGUCAUAAUUUCUAAUUAUUUUGAUCAUAACAAACUCAAUAUUGAUCAUAAAUAGAGAAGAAGUAUUAGUUUAUUUUAAAAAUAAUUGAUUUUUUUUCUUGUUCAUCAAAAGAAUCUUCCAUAUUAAGAUCUGUUGUUUAUGCAUAUUAAGUAGUACAUGUAUAGCCUUUUCUCUCAGUAUUGUGAUUCUUAUGAAUUUUUAUGUUGAAUUUAAAGCAGGUGCAUUUUUUCACUUUUUAUUUUCUUUGCUGAAGAAAAACAUCAAAUUUUGUAUUAAACAUUUGUAAUUAAAAAAUGCCUAUGAAUAAAAUACUUUUUAUUUUCAAUCUUGUCUUUGUUGGUUAAUUUAUCACAAAGUGUUGUUGUAAAUGAACGUAAACAAUGAUGAAAGAAAAAAGUUGUUUUAAGUACCAAUUCUAAACUGGUACAUGGAAUUAAUCUGAAAAUAAGAUGUGCGAUCUGAUCAUUUUUUUUCAACUUUGCAAUGAAUGAUGCAAAAGUAUAAUAUCUUCAUUACAGGAGUUUCUUUGCAUUUAAUUAAUAUGAUUUAGUGUGAUUCAUAGGAAUAGAAUUUUUGAAAUUUU